AUGGCCGUCACAGAGAGCAAGGCAAACUUCUCUUCGAGGGCGAAGGCUCUUGGAUUGGAGGAUCCGGUGUUGGUGAAGUUCGUUGACGCUGGCAUUGAUUGCAUGAGCAAGUAUGCUUUCCUGAGCUCAUACGUGCCCGGGAGCACGGAUGAGAGCCCAUUCACUGCUGCCAUCGUCAAAGUGCUUGGGCGUGACCCUUCGAUUGCGGAGCUCAGUGUGCUUCGCCGCUUGCUGCAUGAGAGCUACAACCUAACUGUGUCUGAAUUGCAAUCACAGGUUGAAAGGACCGAUGACUCUGCCCCGAGAAAGCUCGCGGCGCCCGACCGGGCCGAUAGGUUGCAGCGACAGCAGGUUCGGCUGAGUGGUUUGACGAUCCACGGCCCGACUCUUCCGGGUCAUGCCGUGAUUGAUAAGUGCGUCAAGUUCAAGAAGGAUCGCGAUGAUAAGAUGUUGUCCGUCGAUGGUGCCGGUCAUGUGUCUCUACGCACCCAGGUUGCGAAGGUCGAUGCUGAUGUGUCCUCAGACCUUCUCCUCAAGCUGGCAUUGACCCGUCGAGGUUUGGCCCUAGACCAGGCAGGGAUAGUCACCUUUUCGGAGCACGAGCGGUGGGUCGAGCACUUCCGUGAGCACCCACAGCUGCCUGCUCGCCUGCCGUGGCCGCCGCGUUUUCCUCUGCUGUCGGGUGCAUCAGCCCCCAAGGCUUUGUCCGAGGUGUUGGUUCCCAAAGAACCACUUUUUCUUGAGCUAUGUGCCGGCACCGCCAUUCUGUCUCGUUGCUUUCGUGAAGCGGGUGUGCCUGUCAUGCCCAUUGAUCACCAGCGCAACCGCCAUCAUCCGUUGGCGCAGGUUUGCAAUCUCAGCUUAACCGAGGAGUCCACUUGGGUCUUUUUGCGCAAUUUGGUGCGUGAUCAUCCUAUAGUCUUCGUGCACGCUGCCCCGCCUUGUGGCACGUGCUUCUACUUUCAUUUUCUGCUGCUCUUGCUAUCAGGAGCAGUGCUGCUGCAUGCUUCUGCAAUUGGUGAGCGGGUGAGUGGUGCUGUGGAACGACUUGCAUUCUGCGUUGGUGAGCCUGUGCCUUUUUCACUUUUCGAAAGCUGCGACUGUGACCUGUGGAUGCAAGGGAGGAAUCGGAUUUUUGCGGGACUUCUGGCCUGGAUCUCGGUUUUCUCAGCAGCAGACUGGUUCUUCACAUCUGGCUCAGUCAUCUGGAUUUCCGUUGUGCUCUCAGCUGGAACAGGGUUCUUUGCCUUCUUCGUCUACAGGACAGGGUGCAGGUGUUGUGCAGACAGCUCCGUGUUCGUCACAGUAUUGCCACUGGCAGAUCACAGGGCACAGGGCAUACAGCAGAGCAUCUUGCAAGUGGAUCAGUCGUCUGAACCUCUACCGUGCUCUUUGCAGGAACAGGGUCCCACAUUGCCUCCCAGGGAGCAAAGUGCACAGCUGUACAAUUCAAAUUUGGACCAGUCGUCUGGAUUUCCUUUGUGCUCUCAGCCGGAACAGGGUGCUUCGUUAUUCUCUGCGGGACAGGAACUGACCUACGAAGACUAUUGUGAUCAGGUCGUAUUGCAGGGUCCUUACAGCCAGACACAGCCAUCAGGCCUUCCUUUGUACGCGCAGCGGGAGCAGGGUCAGCUGGCGAUUUCUGGACACGAUUUACCCACAGGGCGCUCGGAGUGGACAACGGAGCAGUAUCUUCUGGCUAUUCGGCGUGCGGGGGCAGUGGCAUAUUUGAGGCAUCUCCUGGAACAGGGUUGGCCAGCACAGGACGCCAAGACCUAUAUUUUGUUGGCUUUUCGUGGUCGGGUUAACGCUGUUCUACCUGGAGCGCUGAUUGCCAACUUGCUUCGAUUGCUUCCAGCGCAGUCACAAGAGUAUUUUCAUCAGGAACUUCUGCACGUGCACCACAAGCACCACAACUCUCAGGUUUUCGCCGCCUUCUUGCAGCAGCGCGCUGCCGGGCGGCCUUUCUCUUCUACACCUCACCAAUAG